AUGAGACACGUUCAAUCCACUCAGCUGCUUACAGCACUUCUCUUUACCACACAGGCCGCAUCCCAUGGUCACGUUACGAACAUCGUGAUCAACGGUGUUUCGUACCGCGGAUGGAAUAUUGAUUCUGAUCCCUACAAUUCGGAUCCGCCGGUGGUGGUAGCGUGGCAGACCCCCAACACGUCAAAUGGCUUCAUCUCGCCAGAUGCGUACGGUACGGACGAUAUCAUCUGUCACCUCAAUGCCACGAACGCGCGCGGGCAUGCUGUGGUUGCUGCAGGGGACAAAAUAUCCAUUCAAUGGACAACUUGGCCAGACUCUCACCAUGGACCGGUCAUUAACUACAUGGCCUCGUGUGGUUCCAGCUGUGAGGCUGUAGACAAGACGACUUUGGAAUUCUUCAAGAUUGAUGGUGUUGGACUGGUGGAUGACUCAAGCCCACCGGGGGUCUGGGGCGACGAUCAAUUGAUCGCGGAUAAUAACUCGUGGCUUGUGGAGAUUCCCCCGACGAUUGCGCCGGGCUACUAUGUCCUUCGACAUGAGCUGAUCGCUUUGCAUGGAGCUGGAAGUCAAAACGGAGCCCAGAACUAUCCUCAAUGUUUCAACCUUCAGGUUACCGGAUCAGGGACCGCGCAACCAUCCGGCGUAAAGGGCACAGAGCUCUACUCUCCCACAGAUCCGGGCAUUCUGGUCAAUAUCUACAACUCGCUUUCGACAUAUGUAGUCCCGGGGCCGACUCUCAUUCCCGGUGCUGUCUCAGUCGUGCAGUCCAGUUCUACCAUCACUGCUUCUGGAACGCCUGUGACCGGCUCUGGAAGUGCCCCAACUACCAGUGCAGCGACGACCACGAAAGCUACAACAACUACUUCCACAACAUUGUCCACGACAACCAGGGCUACGACCACCAAAGCUACGACCACAACAACUACAACGGCGGCCGGCUCCACUUCUGUUCAAUCGGUCUACGGCCAGUGCGGUGGUAGUGGAUGGUCUGGUCCCACGGCCUGCUCUACCGGAGCCACGUGCAGUUCCUACAACAGCUACUAUUCCCAGUGCCUUCCAACCGGUUCCUAG